AUGGACGUUGAGGAUAUUCAAGCUUCUGUGGGGCGGCAAGGCUGUGAAGCCCAUGUGCACCUCGCUUGUCUCGUCAAAUAUGACUUUCCUGGCGCCGACCGCAUAAGUCACUUCCAUAUUGGCGUUUGUCAAGCUAUCUCUGGAAAUCCUGGUGUGUUUGAGCUCGCAAAGCUCGCACUGAAGCGAGUUUAUUGA